AUGACAACAACAACGAUGAAGACAUUAUCCGUUAAAAUGACAGAUAUUUGGAUGGAUUGUCAGAAACAGAUGAUUGAUAUGCAAAAUGAAAUCAAACGUCUGAAGUCAGCGCUGAAGACAACGGAUGAGAUCAGGAAAUAUCUGGAGAUAUGUAACGAAACACUGGUAUCGAUCAUCGAGUUGUGCCAAUUGGAUGUCACCAACAGUGGUAAUAGUAGUCGUAGUGGUGAUAAUAAUAAGAUACAAGUGUUGGUCGGAUCAGUCAGACAACUGGAAUCAAGUAUUGAACGAGAAAAACAAAAUCUUAAGACAUCUGUUGUCGUCGAUAUAACACAAGAUAGACAUGAAUUCAUAAGACAGAAGACAAUCAAUAGAUUGAAUCGAGACUGGAAUCACUGGAAGAAAUUGAAGACAAAUGUCUUAACAUAUGAUAAGUCAAUUCAAACGAUUAAAGAAGUGAAGAAAUCAAAGAAAAAUAAUGAUUUGUCUUCAGUGCCAGUAGUUUGUGUCGACAAACAAUUAGAUGACAAUUAUUUGAUCAAUAAUGAUGUGAUUAACGGUAAAGAAGAAGAAGACAUAAUAAGUUGUCAACCGAUUGGUGAUAAUGUUGUGAACAAUGACGACAACAAUAUAAACGUAUGGAAAGACAUCGAGAGUGACGACGACGACAAAGAUCGAGACUUUGCUGCCGAUGAUGAAGACAACGACAAUAAUUUCAAUGACAGCGACGGCGGCGGCAGUGAUGUCAGCGAUUUUGUGUCGACAAAGAAGACUAAGAAGAAGAAAAAGAAGAAAUCGACGACAAAAACAGCAAAACAAAUACAAUUCUCUAAGAGUCUUCAUCAUCAAAGACAUCAAAAAAAGAUGAACGAUAUGGUAAUGCCGUUAAAGUCGGACGUCGACGACCAAUACCGGUGCGACCAAACUGGCUGUCAGUUUAGUUGUGGCGACAAAAAGCGUAUGUAUAGACAUCUGAUGAAACAUAAAAACAACUGUGGAUUUGAUAAAGACGUCGAUGAAGGCGAUGGAGUGUCCCGUCAAAUGAAAACCAGAGCCGAACCCUAUAAACAGGAAAGCGACGGGUUUUAUGUGUGCAAUAAACUACCGGAUUGUCACUAUAGGACCCGAAAUUGUCAGAAUCUGUUCAAACAUUUCAGGAGACAUAAGAAAAAAUCGGAUAAAUUUCGUACAGAUAUGUCACAGUCGGCUGACCAGCGAAUCAAGAAAAUGUUGGACAACUUUAUUUUCGACGACCAGUACGUAUGUUUACGUGAGGGCUGCCAAUACCGGUGUCCAGUGGCCGAUCGGGACGUAUUCUACAGACACUAUAACGAACACAAUCGUCUCAGCGAACCGGUUCCGACUAACGAUCCUCAACGGCCGUUUGGUUGCGAUCAAUGUCCGAUAGCACUACGCGAUCACUAUAAUUAUAGACGUCAUAAACUGGAUGUCCAUCCGGUAGUACCCUAUGUCUGCAAUCAGGGUGACUGUCGUAUACGGAUCAAGUGUCUGAAACAUUUGGUGGAUCACUGGAAUAAUAUUCAUCGAAAAGUUCGCCGACACGAAUGCGAUUGGCCAGGUUGUGGCUAUCGGGCCUACGCUUUGCGGGCCGUCCGUCAACAUAAACUGAUACAUUCGACGGUCAAGGGGUUGUCGUGCGAAUGGCCUGGUUGUCAGUUUCAAUGUAAAGUCAAGUACGUGUUGGAGACGCACAGGCGUACACAUACCCGUGAGAAGCCGUUUAAGUGUGAUUGGCCCGGUUGUACGUAUAUGUGUGCACAACAGGGCGCACUUACCGUACAUAUGCGCCGACAUACCGGCGAAAAACCGUACGAAUGUUUGCAGGACGGCUGCGGCGGUAAACGAUUUUCAUCGUUGGCCGGUCUGUACGCUCAUCGCAAACAACAUGCGUCCGGUAAUAGUCGGACGGGUAAUAGAGGUAGAGGUCGACCGAGACUUGAAUAA